GAUUCAACCCAAGAACUGGGGCAAACGACAACUACAGUGCAGCGAAAACCCCAUCCUGCCCCUCUUUCUUACCCUUUUCCCUCUCCUUUCUUCAUUUCUUCCUCCUCCUCCUUCGUCUCCUCCACCAAACAAUCUCCUCUCUCUCUCUCUGUACAAAGGGGGUUUUCUUUUCUCUUCUCUUCUCUUCUCUUCUCUUCUCCAUAGCCCUCAAGAAAAGAUUCAUUCUUUCCUUCAUUUUCUACUGCAAUCCCCUUCUUUACUUACUGGGUCGCCCUCUAAAUUCGAUUUCUUUUUGACAAAAUGGCGACAGCGGCAAUCUUUUCUUCACUCCGGCGCCGGAGAUCCCCCUCACUGGAAGCCUUCUUGGCCCCCGUGGACCUAAACGAAGUCGCCCUCCUGCAGACUCUCGCCGCCGUGGCGGCCGACCUCGUCACCUGCUUCUCCGGCAACUCCACCUUCUUCCAGCGCAGGAAUUCCCGCUCUUUAAUCCGCAAGAUCGAAGUCUUCCUCGUUUUACUGGAUUACUUGAAAGAUGCUUACGGCGGUUCAGUUUCCUCCCUCCCGCCAAACGCCGUCGUUUGCCUCAAGGAGCUCUACCUCGUCUUGUACCGCUCCAAAAUCUUGCUCGACUACUGCGUCCAAUCCAGUAAGCUCUGGCUCUUGCUUCAGAACCAGUCAAUCUCCGGCCAUUUCCAUGACCUCGACCAGGAGAUUUUGACCCUUUUGGAUGUUUUCCCCUUUGGGGAUGUGAUACUAAGCUUGGAUGUCAGAGAACAGAUUGAGCUCUUGCAGAGGCAAGCCAGGCGGUCAAAACUGCACAUCGAUAAGAACGAUGAAACCCUAAGAUUUCAAUUCUUCUCGUUUCUCGAUGAGUUCGAGAACGGGAAGAUUCCUCCUGAGUCCAAUUUGAGAUUCUUCUUCGUCGAGAAAUUGGGGAUUUCCGAUGCGCAAUCUUGCAGAGCUGAAAUUGAGUACCUGGAAGAGCAAAUUGUCAGCCACGAGGGCGAUGUCGAGCCGCCGGCUUCGGUCCUCAACGGAUUCGUCGCAAUUGUGAGGUACUCUAGGUUUUUGUUGUUUGGAAUUGAUGAUAGAGAAGAACCAGAAUUUGUCCAUAGUACUAGUAGUCAUAAAAAACAGAGGAGAGGCCUUAUUUCUCAGGAGAUUGCUGAUACUUUCGUAACAAUCCCAAAGGACUUCUGCUGCCCGAUUUCUCUGGACUUGAUGCAUGAUCCAGUGAUCAUUUCUACCGGGCAGACUUACGAUCGGAGUUCUAUUUCUCGGUGGAUGGAGGAAGGGCAUUGCAACUGCCCGAAAACAGGGCAAAUGUUGUCGAACACUCGCCUUGUCCCAAACAAAGCCUUAAGAAAUUUGAUCAAUCAAUGGUGUCUAGCUCAUGGGAUCCCUCACGACGAUGCUCCGGAGGGCCCCGAUGCUGCUGCUUCAGCGUCGACAUCGUCUCCUGAGCCAUUCGCUGCUGCUUUGCCCACCAAAGCAGCCGUGGAAGCCAACAAGGCCACAUCAGCAUUUCUCGUUAAACACCUUGCCAAUGGCUCGCAAGGUGAGAAAACCGUAGCAGCUCGUGAGAUUCGGCUUCUGGCAAAAACAGGGAAGGAGAAUCGUGGAUUUAUCGCCGAGGCUGGGGCGAUCCCUCACCUCCGCGAUCUCCUGUCGUCUCAGAACCCAGUGGCUCAGGAGAAUUCAGUGACGGCAAUGCUGAAUUUGUCGAUUUACGACAAGAACAAGAGCCGGAUCAUGGACGAACAACGUUGUCUGGGGUCGAUCGUGGAAGUGCUGAGGUUCGGGUUGACUACCGAGGCUAGGGAGAACGCGGCGGCAACUUUGUUCAGCCUCUCAGCAGUUCAUGACUACAAGAAGAAGAUAGCCGACGAAGAUGGUGCGGUCGAAGCUCUGUCUCAGCUGCUAAGGGACGGGACGCCUCGAGGUAAGAAAGACGCAGUCACUGCCCUGUUCAACCUGUCGACACAUUCUGAGAAUUGCGGCAGGAUGAUCGAGGCUGGAGCCGUGGCCGCCCUGGUGGCGGCAAUGGGGAAUGACGGGGUGGCAGAGGAGGCUGCGGGAGCUCUCGCAUUGAUCUUGCGGCAGCCUGCAGGGGCAGCCGCGGUGGUAAAAGAGGACGCUGCACUGGCAGGGUUGAUUGGGAUGAUGAGGUGCGGCACGCCAAGAGGGAAAGAGAAUGCGGUUGCGGCAUUGCUGGAGCUCUGCCGGUGUGGCGGAAUGGCAGCGACGGAGAAGGUGUUAAAGGCACCGGCUUUGGCCGGUUUGGUGCAUUCCCUUCUGUUCACGGGGACGAAGAGGGCGAGGAGGAAGGCUGCGUCGCUUGCUCGAGUGUUUCAGAGGUGUGAGAAUGGCAAUGCUGCAGAGGUGAGGUUGAGUGGGUAUUCAAGGACCGUGUAUGCCGGUGGUGCGAAUGUGGCGCCGACGAGGGAUUCGAGUUUCGUUGGGGAUGUCUCGGUUCGUAUGGCCAUUUCGGUUCCAGUACUGUAACAAGAACAUACAGGCAAGGCAGCUUUUUGUUGUUAUGUGUCGAUUAUACAACUUUCUUCUUUCUUUCUUUCUCUUGUAAUUUGGAGGUUCUUUUGGGGGACCUGUUUUGGUUAGGAAUUCUUUGAUUGAGAUUUUUAGGAGAUGGAGGUGAUAAUGAUAAAGAGAGGCAAGUUACAGGAGCUGCUAGUUAUUACUGCUGUUCCCUUCUCAGUCUGGUGUUAGUUUGGGGGAAAAGAACGGGGAGGGAGGUAUAAGUGUUUCUAGUUUAGCAAUUAGCAGUUACCAGUUUACACUUGUGCAAUAUAUGGAGCUGAAUGAACAGUACAGAAAAUGGAAAUGGCAAACAAGUUACUGGGUUUAAUCCAUGAACAUCUGGCGUAAGUCUUUUACUUCCCAGAGCGCAGCAAGCAAGAAUCUUGCUGCAGAAGAGGUGAAUUACUCGAAGAAAAGUUCGUAAUGGAUGCACUUGGUGACAUUCCCCUGAGUACCAACUGAUGAACAACAAUGUCAUUUUAUGUUACCAAUAGUAUCCUAAAUUUCAAAAGCUAAUAAAAAUCCUCUCGACAUUUGCCGUAGCGUUACGAUGUUUAAAAUCUCUUUGCGCAUAAUAUUUGUUGGUUGAUAUUCAUUUAUCAACGAAGUAUCCCAAAAUCCGCAAUUGCGAUGUUCAAAAUCUCUUUGCGCAUAAUAUUUGUUGGUUGAUAUUCAAUUUAUCAACGAAGUAUCCCAAAAUCCGCAAUUGCGAUGUUCAAAAUCUCUUUGCGCAUAAUAUUUGUUGGUUGAUAUUCAUUUAUCAACGAAGUAUCCCAAAAUCCGCAAUUGCGAACUAAGUACCGAUUCUAAGUUUGAAACGGGAGACAACCCGGACAAAGCUGCUUCAAACCCGCCCCACUCCCAUACUAGCAAAUGGCUGCAUAAAUGGAAAUUUGCCCUUCAGUGUGUGGCAAACAGAACCGUCCGUUACAGCUAAAGGAUGAUAUGGGUCCAAACUCCAGAUUCCCAAACCCCCACCCUUUUCCUCCCAUAUGCCUGUCUCUGCAUCAGCAUAUCAGGGGGUUUGACCUUGAGACUGACUGACAGGCAGAAUCUAAUCUGUGUGUUUGUUUGAACUCAUCACAUCACACAAGGUGCCCCCUAAACAAACUUUGGAAGGUCAAGACCACUUUUCUGGAUCAAUCAGCAGCAGCAUCUCUUCUUCUCACCUCUCCCUUUACCUUUUCUUCGAAAGCAGAGAAAAAAAGGAACAUAUAAUAAUAUGUGGGGAUAUUAGCAUCUUCUCUGUUUCUAAAUUUUCUAAGCAGCAGAUGGAAAGAAUUCCUUUAUGGAGAUUCUGCAGGCAGGGGAGAGAGGGGGAAAAGCAGAGGAGAUGGAUUUCCAUCCACCCAACCCAAGGAUUUUUAACUCUCCUUUUUUUUUUUUGGUUGUUGUUGCACUUUGUUCGAUUGCCUUGUAAAAUGGAAGGAGGGAGGAGGGUCUUCUUCUUCUUCUUGGGUUGAGUUCUGAAUGUGAUAUGGUGACGCAAAGCACUUAGUUAUGUUGGUGGGAUUCCUUUUGGUUCCCACCACCACAGGUUUGUAUAGAGAAUUGCGUAAGCGCAGCAAUGUCGCCAUGUCAUUUCAUUGUUUGCCGCUGCUGAAUGCUUUGAUCAUCAUGUCACUGUAUCUAAUCUACCCAUCUAUCGCCCCACCAUGAUUAUUAGUCAUCAAAGUAUCCACCUUUUUCAAUGAAUGGAGGGUAGAAAUCUGAAGCUGAACAGAGAAUAAUUUGUAUAUGUAAUCAAGCAAAUCUAAUUUCACUAAUUAGAAUUCACCGUCGUUAAUAAUACGAUUCACAACUCUUCAAAUAAAGUUUGUGGGAAGGUUUUUGAUGAAAAUGAAAUAUGUGUUAAUAG